GGUCGUCGUCGGAGCCCGGGGCACCAGAGGGUGCUCCGUCAUCGCGUCCUCGGCCUCUGCCUCUGCCUCGGCGCAGAUGCUCUUCGUCGCCGGAGCGCCUCGAGCAAGAGCGAGCGGGAGGAGCUGCAGCUUCUCCCCCCAUGUUGGUCCUCCCCCACCCAAUUGCAUUGCGCAGCAGCAGUGCACUUCCUCACUUCGCCUUCCGCCGCAGCAGCAGCUGCACCUCCCUACAUCUCUAGAGGGGCUCCCUCCCUCGGGCUGGCACCCCAUCUCCCCUCCCCUCCCCUCGCCUCGCUUCCCACUUCAGUCCGAGUCUCUCUCGGACUGUCACCGCGCUUUGUUAGUGACGUUAACGGUCAUUCUGCUACCACCGGCCAACUUCAACGCUGCGGAGUCGGAUCGGGCGACGCCGGUCCUCGGGGACUUCCAUUUCGAGCUCCGUUCCUACGUUCCUGCCCAGGCCCCAGGCCCGCGGAGGGAUCCGCAGAGACGCGCCACCUCAUCAGGGUCCAGCGAGCAGCACGCACGCUCGCUCGCUCUAAAGUGGUCGCGGAGCGCGAGCGCGCGAACUGCAGCAGCUGCUCUUUCGGAUCCCAGCCUGGUCUGCUCUACGCUGCCCUGCUCUGCUCUGCGCUCCCUUCGCUUACCAUGCUGAGCGCUCUUUCCCGCCUUCUUGGCUAUGCAGAGAAAGCGAGCAGCAGCGCCAAUGAUUUCUCCCCCUUCACGCCACGGAUUCUUGCCAUGGGUAGAUUACUCAUCUCCGGAAGAGGAAAGUCGAACUUUACUCGGAGGAUAAGGUGAUCGAGAAUCGCUGGGUAAUUGAAUCAGCAUUGUACUCAAUAUCUUCAAGGCGAUUCGGAUGCUAUGGAGGCCAUGGUCAAUCUUGCGACUGUCGGGGUGGGGAAGGACCAAAUAGCUCGGUGGCUUAGCGAAACUGCUGGGCCUCAUGAAGCGGCUGUCCGGGCUGCCACUGCGCAUCUGGAGGCAGCCCGAACGGUUCCCAAGUUUGCUCUAUGCCUUCUUGUGUUAUCUGCCGGGGGUGAUGAAAAGGGACAGCGAGUUGCUGCUGCUACCUACUUGAAAAACUAUCUAAGAAAUCAUUGGAGUGAAGAUAGUGCCAUGCCGGCAGUAGAGCGACUGGAAUUCAGAAAUCAGCUAGUAGAAAUUCUUUUGAGGGUGGAUGGUAUAGUGUUGAAGCUCCUAGCAGAAGCAUUCCGAUUGGUAGCUGUCAAUGACUUCGCACGAAAGACGUCAUGGCCUGAGCUUGUACCAGCAUUAAGAACUGCAAUCCAAAAUAGUGAUCUUGUUAACGGAGCUGGGGAGGCGUCUGAAUUCAAAACGUUCAAUGUGCUCAUUGGCGUCCAAACUAUUAUCAAGCCCUUCCAGUAUUUUAUGGAUCCAACAGUGGCAAGGGAACCUGUGCCUGAACAACUGGAGCUCAUUGGAAAGGAGUUGUUAGUUCCUCUGCACAGUAUAUUCCAUCAUCUAGUGCAGCAGGUGGCAGCUUCUAAGGACGAAGGUGCUGCUGCUCACGACAAUAUUCUUUUAGUGCUGUGCAAAUCGUUUCAUCUUGCCAUCAAAUCACAUAUGCCUGUAUCGCUGGCAUUGUAUCUGGGUCAGUGGUUCCAAGACAUCAUGGUCUUACUACAGAUGGUUGUUCUGGACAAGACAUUGGAUGCACCCCACCAAUACCACAGGCUGAAAACUUGGAAAAGGGCCUUGCAAAUAUGUUGUAACCUUAUCACGAGGCAUCGCAAAUACGUUGACAAAUAUUUGCCAUCAAUGUCACACAUGGCUCUCAAACUCCUGAGUCAAAAUAGAAGUAAGGGUCUGCAUCCCAUGCAGGAACGUAUAAUUUCAUUAGCGUUCGAUGUUGUAUCAAAUAUCCUCGAGACUGGACCCGGAUGGCGACUGAUGGCACCACACUUUUCAAAUCUGCUAGAAAGUGCAAUAUUUCCCACUCUUCGUUUAUCAGAAGAGGAUAUGGCGGAAUGGGAAGAAGAUGAAGACGAAUAUCUUAGAAAAAAUCUCCCAUCAGACAUGGACGAGGCAAGCGGCUGGAAAGAGGAUCUUCUGAUUCCUCGACAAAGUGCUAUCAACCUGCUAGGCUUGAUCGCUACGUCAAAGGGUCCUCCGACCACUGUUGCUGCGAAGAAAGUGGCUGCCAUGAAAAGAAAGAAGGCUGGGAAAGGUAAAGGCAAGGAUGGGCAAGGGACAGCUGGAGAGCUUCUCGUUCUCCCCUUUCUCUCGCAAUUUCCCCUUCCACCACCUGAAGCCGCGUCAGCUUCAGACCUUGUAAAGAAUUAUUAUGGAGCUCUUAUGGCCUAUGGUGGACUUACACAGUUUUUGAAAACUCAGUCACCAGACAAAGUUAGCUUUUUACUUCAGACCCGAGUGUUUCCUCUUUACACUAUGGGAACACCUUCUCCGUAUGUGUUGGCAAAUGCAAAUUGGUUACUUGGCGAGCUAGCUGCUUGUUUGCCGGAGGAAUUGAAUGAAGACAUUUAUAAUGCUUUAUUGAAAGCAUUAUUGGCUCCAAAUGUGGGUGAUGUGUCUUGGCGACCGGUGAGGGCAUCAGCCGCAGGAGCACUUUCGACACUUUUGCAGGAGGAAUAUAAGCCAGUACAGUGGCUGCCCUUGCUGCAAGCUGCAGUCGCAGGUGCAAGAAUGGUGGAAGAAGGAGAGGCAACAAUUGCACUACAGUUAUUAGCAAAUGUUGCAGAGGCAGGUGAAGAUCAUGUUGCACCCCACGUACCAGCCAUCACAGCUGCUGUACAAGGAGAGAUAUGUCGACACAUACCCCCGCAUCCGGAACCCUGGCCUCAGAUGGUGGAGCUGGGAUUUUCUGCCGUAGCAUCUCUGGCUCAGACAUGGGAUAGUGCUGAACCAGAGGAGGACGAGGAUGGCGGAAAAGCAUUAGAAAAUUGGAAGAUGGGCUGCAUCACAGUCGCAAACACUUUUUCAGAGCUUUUACAGCGGGCGUGGUUACCCACCUCUCCUGAUGGAUCCUCAGUUGUGGCUGCUCCACCUCCUUCAUGCUUGAAUGAUGCCUCAACGCUGCUUGCGGCAGUUCUCAGGUAUACAAACGACUCCACUAUAGCUGCAACCUUGAAGGUUGAGCCACUGCUACAAGUAUGGGCCAAUCUGAUUUCUGAAUGGAGCGCUUGGGAAGAAGAAGAAGAUGAAUCUGUCUUUGAGGCCAUUGAGGAAGCUAUUCUUCUGCAUGGAAGAAGCCCUCUGCGCCACUUUACAGUUGCAGAUGUUCUUCCUGCUCUUUCGGGGACCUCGGCGCCAACUAGAUCAAUUCUUGAAGGUCUGGUCACGUUUGUCACCUCAGCAAUCGAAGGAGCAUACCCUGCAGCUGCUUGGAGGGCAUGUAGGUGUACUCAUGCUAUUUUGCAUGCCUCCUCCCUUGCAUUUGAAGGAGAGGAGAUUUCCAAAGUUCUGGUCAACCGGUUUGUCCAGGCGACGUUCAGGCGUUUGAAAGCUCUAAGCAGAUUCACUGUACCUCUAGCCAAACCCCUCGUUCUCGUAAUUGCCACAUGCUAUGUUUGUCUUCCCAAGGAAACCGAGCAGGUGCUUAACCUUGAAGAUGACAAAAAAGUUGAUGAGGGCCAUGGCGAAAAUUUGCUACUUUGGGGUGAAGCUCUGGCUAUUUUAUCAGAAACAGAGGCAGAUCCGGGUCUCUCUUUGGAGUGCGAGAUCAAACUAUGCGUGCUUGCAUUGCUGAAGCUUCUGGAACGUUUGAUGAGCAAGGAAAUGGCUGAAGGAUCCAAGGGCUUCCUAGUUGCGCAACAUUGUUUCAAAUCACUUCUUGAAUCCACUGUUGACCUUAAGGAAGUCCAGGAGUCAUCAUCAAUCGAUGAUAGUGAUGAUGACGACAGUGAUGACAGUGACGGUAGUGAAGAUAGUGACGAGGAUGACGAUGAUGACGACGAUAGUAAUUCCAACUCCGAUGAUGAUGAUUCUUCGGAUGAAGAGCAUGAGGAAACUGAGGAUGAGUUUUUAGCAAGGUACGCACGGACCGCAAGAGAGCUGGACUUGCAGGCAAUCGAAGAAGCUGAGGGUGGUCAGGAUGAGGAUGGUCAGGACAUUGAGCUCGGGGUACUAGGAUUAGUGAAUCCUGAAUGCCAGGUGAUGACUUUCAUCAAAGAUCAUGGAAAGACUCUGUUGACGAAGCUUUCAUUGUCCAAGGAUCUCGUCUCUAGAUUCAUAGAUAAGUUUCCAGGCUCGAAGCAGCUGCUUUCGCAGUGAUUAAGCGGAAAAAGUUUAGUUAGUGCCAACUCCUACGUCUAUUUCAAGGAGUAUUAGUAGUUUAGAUCCCAUGUAUCAACUCUCUGAAGUACGGCAAGAUUCUCCUGCACAACGAGUUUUGGUUCUCUAAUGGAGACAUCCAUGUGCAACUUCAAGAUCGGAGGUGCUAGUGAACUGCAGUAUGACAUAUCCAAGAGCUUAUUAGGGCCUUAUAGCCUUCUGUUCUCUUUGUAUGUGUCUAGUCAUGAACCAACUCUAGUCAAAGAUUGCCUGGUAUUCAUAGUUUGUACAUUAGUCAGCUGGUAACACCAUGAUAUCUGGAUCAUUUGUAAGAACUACAUAUUUUUUUAUUGCUGAUCAUUUUAGGAGAUUCCCGUCUCUCCCGAGUACAACAAAGAUACUUUUUACUUCAUAUC